AAAAGAAGUAGCAAAUGAUUGCAGAGACGGUAGAAUCACACCAACUGUAAAGCCCGGGAACCCACGAACAACCGGAACUCAAACACACAAAUCAAAUACAUAAAAUUGACAUUAUUGAGAUCCGAGUUGUUCGUUCCAUCACAGUAAAAAUUCACCUUCCUAUUCCCUCUGCUACCAAAUUGUCUCACUCAUAAAGGUACUAGCCAGUAAGAAGUAACUACCACCGUUUUAGACAAAACAAGAACAAGUUGUUGAUCAAACACAACCAAAGGUCACAUUCAACAACCUUUUUUUUUACCAACAGAGACAACCCAUAUAUGAUUUCUGCUACAAGUGCCAAAUCUACCUUGAGUCCCUUCACUUACUAAACAGAAAGCUUAGGACUUUGCAAGUAAUUUUGAGACCCAGUUGCCGGAAGUGGCGGUUCCGGCUAGGAAUGGCGGUGGAGAAUGAAAAAUCAGGGUCUGAUGGGAAGGUUUGGAGUUUUUGUAGAAUGCCAUUUUGGCAAACAACUCAUACCCCUUCUGCUGCUGCUGCUUCUUCUUCCACAUCUUAUAUGCACAAUGUUCAUCAGCAAAACCAGAAUAAUCUUCAGUCUCUUGAUAGAUCCACUCAUCAGUCUUCGACCACGGUUUCAUCUAUGGCCAAGUCUCUGCUCCCUACAAGGAGGAGGCUCCGUCUUGAUCCACCCAACAAACUAUACUUUCCCUAUGAACCUGGUAAGCAAGUUAGGAGUGCAAUCGCAAUUAAAAACACUUGCAAGUCUCAUGUAGCCUUCAAGUUUCAAACAACUGCACCCAAGAGUUGUUAUAUGCGCCCACCAGGGGGUAUUCUUGCCCCUGAUGAAAGUAUAAUUGCCACUGUAUUCAAGUUUGUGGAGCCGCCAGAGAACAAUGAGAAAUCAAAUGAUCAAAAAAGCAAGGUUAAGUUUAAAAUCUUGAGCCUAAAAGUACAAGGUGAAAUGGACUAUGUACCAGAACUGUUUGAUGAACAAAGAGAUCAAGUGACAGUAGAGCAAAUUCUGCGGGUUAUUUUUCUGGACCCUGAACGGCCUAGCCCUGCCCUGGAAAAGCUUAAACGCCAGUUGGCUGAGGCUGAGGCUGCACUUGAAGCACGGAAAAAACCCCAUGAGGAGACAGGUCCUCGAGUAGCCGGGGAGGGACUUGUCAUAGAUGAAUGGAAAGAAAGAAGAGAAAGAUACCUGGCACGGCAACAGGUUGAAGGUGGUGUUGAUUCCGUGUGAACUGUAAAGUAUUUCUUUCUAUCUUUUCUUGGGUCAAGCCCUUAAUGUUCUUCAGCUGUAUGAUCUGAAAAUUGAAUUUCCUGGUCACUGAUUUCAUAAGUGGUUGGGUGGCCUAAAAAUUUGCUAUGAAGAAAUAGUGAAAACCCUUCUUUCUUUCUUUUUCAAUAAUGUUUGUGCUGUUAAAUUCG